AAAAAAGAACGUCAUGUGUCAAAAAAUCGAGCGAAAAAUUUCUUUGCCGAUUCGUCAUUAAAUUAUUAUCGAAAAUUAUCCCACAAAUUGUUAUCACAAUUAAUAAGAACAAGUGUUUUAGUUUAAAACUUUAAAAAUAUAACAUUCUUUCUUUUUGCUUCAAGACUGUGCCGCGGAAACGAAGGAAAAUGGGAGCAGACGCUGAAUAUUUUGGUCAUUUCUUUCAUAUAUUUAGGAUUUUGUAGGGUUUAAGCUUGUUAGGAUCAUUCCAUUUUGUUUUAUUUGUGUUAAUUUUCAUUAUUCGAUGUACUGGAAUAGUUGUUUACUAAUACUUACGAAAUAGGGUAGAGUAACCUUUCACGAUGAACAUAACAGUAUGUAGGGACACAUCAGACGCUGUGGCUCUGUAUUUGCCGCAGCGUUUGUACCUAAAAUCUUUCGCAAAGCUAAAUAUUUCUAUUCAGCUCCCUACUCACAAGGUCCACGGCAAGUCGCUUUCCAACUGGGAAUUGAUGGAGAAGAUACGGAAAAUGGUCCAACCUGAGUCCUUUUCGGUGUUAAAAGUGAGCAAGCAUAGUUCUGAGGUGAUAAAGUACGAAGCAGAGUUAGAAGAUCGCGACAAGCUGGAACGAGUUCUGUCACGUCUGGAGAAUCGGAUAGUGCAGUUGAAAGAUUAUCCAGAGCCUCUGAAGGUGCGAGUGGCUGAAGCCAAGUCGGAUUUCCCGAUCCGCCAUUCGUGGGAUUCAUUCUUCCGCGAUGCAACGGAUAUGGAUGAAAUGAAACCAGGGGAAAGACCAGACACCAUUCACAUUACAAACUUGCCAAUACGUUGGUUUGUGUCUGAUCGAGACCACGAUGAAGAUUCCCCACCAUCUGAGAAUCUGAUUAAAAAGAUCUUUGAAAAAUAUGGCACAGUUCGUCAAGUGGACGUGCCAGCAGCUGAUCCAUAUAGGAUGCAGAUGAAAGCAGCUAUCAGGGGCUUAACCACACCUCCCCAAGAAGCCAAGGUUUAUUUUGAAGCUUAUAUUCAGUACAGUGAAUAUGUUAGUUUUGUUCGAUGUAUGGAUGCUCUGAGGGGGCGCAAGUUGUUGCGCAAAAAGGAUGACAUUGCUGAGUGGUGCAGUAUUAAAGUUGACUUCGACAAAACCAAACACAUGACCGAUGCUGCUGUGAAGCGAAGAGCGAUCGUCCGGGAGAGACUUCUGGUCCGUCAGAAAGCUAAGGAUGAGGAAGAAAGACUGGAAAAAGAGAGAAUUUCCAAAAGAGAAGCCAAAGAAAGACAAAAGUAUGAGCGCACUGAGCGCGAGAAGCUUCAGAAGAUGAAGGAGCGUGAAGAACGGAGGAAGAGGAAGCAGCUGGCCAAGUUGAUGGAGCGCGACGACGUGGACUUGAGCAGCCGAGUGGUUGAAGAGAAGAACAAGCUUAUAAAGGAACAGAAGAAAUUGCAGGCUAUCAGAUUAAUUGAAGAGUUGUUUAGGAGGAUAGAGUUACGGCCGGAUCUGCAGCAAAAACAGGGUCAGAAGCACGAGCGCUAUUACGCGGCGGGCGAGCGUUCGGCGCGCGCGCGAAUGGUCGAGCGCUACAAGCGCCAACAGGAGGUCAUGCUCGAAUCUCAGCGGGAGCAACUCAAAUGCGCGCUUGAUGGUCGCAUCGUGAUCCGUUCGGCUCUCGAGACCAAGAAGCCGCGCCAUAAGUCAGCCAGCUCGUCCUCUGGCGAGGAGGAUGUCAAGAGGAUCAAAACGGAACGCGUCACUACACCCGAUCGGGAGAUGCAAUAUAAAGCUGCGGGCAUGUACCAGAUGCCGUACGGUUACGGCUACCCGUUCGCGGCCAUGGCACCGCCCGCCUACCCCUUCCCGCCGCAAAAUGGCGUGUACCAGGCCGACCCUUCGAUGUACUACCCGGUGCGAGGCUACUACCCGCCGCCGGAGUCCUAUGCGCCGCGCCGCCCGCGCCUGAGAGGGCGCGGCCGCGGCCGCGCGUACAUGCAUUAUAACAACAGAUACAACAAGAACUUCGACGGCCACGACGACCGAGACAGAGAACGCACUCGGUCGCGCUCGCGCUCGCGGUCCCGGCGGCGGUCCUACUCGCGGUCGCGGUCGCGGUCGCGGCGGCGGUCGCGGUCGCGGUCGAGGCGGUCUAGGAGCCGGCGGUCGCGGAGCAACAGGCGCUCGCGCUCUCGAAGCAGAAGAUCCAGGCGCUCGCGCUCUCGAAGCAGAAGAUCCAGAUCGCAUCACAGCCGCUCCCGCUCCCGCCGCCGCUCCCGCUCCCGCACUCGCUCGCGAUCGCGCCGCCGCUCGCGCAGCAAGUCGCAGGCCGCGACCGCGCCCGCGCCGGAACCCGCAACUCCUAUGGUGCCCCGCGCCCGGUCAAAGAGCUGGUCCUUGCCCCGGGAGGCCGGCAACGGCAAGUCUUGGUCGAAGAGCCCCAAGAGCCCUAAAACGACUAAUUAAUGAUUGUGAAAAUUGCUUGUCUUUUAUUGAUAGAUAGCCUAGAGGUAUCAGUGGUUUUAAAACCUCACGCGCCGGAGCCCGCCACCCCUAUGGUGCCCCGCGCGCGGUCGUAAAUCUGGUCCUUGCCUCGGGAGGCCGGCAACGGCAAGUCUUGGUCGAAGUGCCCCAAGAGCCCUAAAAACGACUAAUAAAUGAUUGUUUCUGAAAAUUGCUUGUCUUUUAAUUGAUAGAUAGCCUAGAGGUAUCAGUGGUUUUAAAACCUCACGCGCCGGAGCCCGCCACCCCUAUGGUGCCCCGCGCCCGGUCAAAGAGCUGGUCCUUGCCCCGGGAGGCCGGCAACGGCAAGUCUUGGUCGAAGAGCCCCAAGAGCCCUAAAAACGACUAAUAAAUGAUUGUUGCUGAAAA